UAAGUUGCAAAGCAAAUAACGCAUAGGUUAAAUACAUUUGUAUAUACAAUGUGUGCAUGAAAAUUAAAAAUGAUAUUUGGUUUGUGUUAUAGAAUAUGAUUUCGGGUGGAUCUGUUUUUCUUAUAUUUAUUCAGGUGUAAACAGAUAUAUCGCGCCGCAAGCAACUUUGUUAUGUUACAAGGCUAAUGACAACGUAAGACAUGGUACAGGAAACAUCAGACGGUAGAUCAUAUAAGUCUAUUGUUUGUGCUAAUACGUAGCAUGGAUUUAUUUAAAUCAUACAGUUUUCUAUAGUGUUAUAUGAUGAUGCUAAUACGUAACAUAAAUGUAACAUGUUUGUGCUAAUAAGACGUGACAUUGAAUGUAAGACGUACCGUUGAACGUAACAUAGGUUUCCCGCAAAUAUAAAGGCGUAUUAACACCGGGUAAUCUUAUUGAAUGAAAGGCGUUUUAAAGAAAUAUUGUUUGAGGUUUUCGUUAGGUUGAGAAAUCGAUAGGAAAACAGCAAUGACUGCUUCUCGCAUCUUUGUUACAUCAUUGGUAAUUAUUCACCUGUUUGUACUUCAGUGUAAAGCAUUGCCGAAUCUCGUUACUGUGAGGUACCAUACAUUUGAAUUUACAUCUGAAAAUGAACACAUACCAUUUUCCAAGUUUAAGGAAGCUGGGAACCAAGUCGCUCCUAAGAUCCAGGACUCUCUCCUUGACCCGGAUGCUCUAUACACAAUAAUAAUGGUGGACCCAGACGCGCCUUCAGCAGCGCAACACACAUAUAGAUCGUGGUUGCAUUAUUUAGGGUCAAACUUAAAACCAAACAGCCAGGACGGCGAGUUAAAUUUGAAUGCUCCAGAAAACAACAUAAUCACGAAAUACAACGGACCUUCCCCUCCAAUAGGAUCGGGACCUCAUCAUUAUCAGGUCUACGUUUUUAAGCAAGAAGAAGCCUACGAUCAGGCACCUAUCCGAAACAGAGCGAAAUUUAACGUGGAAAAUUUUAAGCGCAGUCAUUCCUUGGAAUUGGUUGGAAAAGCGGGCUUUAUUACUGAACGCUAAAAAUGGUAUGCUGUAAAACUGCCAUGUAAAUUGCUGCUGGCUGUGGUGUUUCUGUUCGCUUGGUACUACACAGAGCUGCGUUUCUAGUUCCACUAUAGAUAGUUUUACACUGUUAUUCUACUAUAUAAUACUUCGUUCCCCAGAAACAAUUAGUCAUGCUCUUUCAUUGUACAGCUUUUAAUUCGAAACCAUAAACAGAACUUUCAAGUUA